GGAACAGCCGACGACGGCCCCAUCUCAUUAGAAAUUCUUUCCUAAUCAUUAGGGACUUGGGGGAUAACGUCAGGAUUAGGGUUCGGGGACUCCACCUCGACUCAUCCAGUCUUUCAGGCCUCUCUGGAGGAGGAUGUACCUUGAGGUGUAGAUCAACUCAGAGGCUCAGCUGCCAUGUCGACUCGCAUAUCUCUCACUCGUGGGGCUAAACGAAAGGUGGAAGGUGUCAUUCCGACCAGCUCGACAUCAACCUCCUCCUCCACUCCGGUCAAAGCCAGGAGAAAGGUCGAGAAGAAGUCCACCAUCCCGGCAGACACAUCCGCAUCAAUACCAGCAUCGGCAGCAUCAAGAUCCUCUCCCAAGCCCUCCACUGCAGAUGAUUCACUGCCCUACACUCCGUCCCUUCUCCCGCCUACGCUCAAGUUCUCCCUUCCCUCCGCCAUCGAGCAUUUAUCCAACCAUGACCCACGUUUCAAACUCAUGUUCAGCACCAUCCCUUGUAGACCAUUUCAUGAGCCUAUAGAGGCAGUAGACCCUUAUAGAACGCUCGUGGUCACCAUCAUCGGCCAACAGGUCUCGUGGAUGGCGGCCAAAGCAAUUACACGACGCUUCAGAGCUCACUUUGGAUUCGAAGAGGAUGAUCAGAGUUUUCCGACACCCAUGCAAGUGGCCAAGGCGGAGGUCAUCAAACUGAGAGAAGUCGGUCUGAGCUUUCGAAAGGCGGAAUACAUCAUCUGCCUCGCCGAACACUUUGUGGACGGGAGACUUUCCACAGAGUUAUUGAGCGAGGGGUCUGACGAAGAGAUCGCCAAGGCUCUCAUCGCUGUCCGGGGAAUCGGGCAGUGGACAGUCGACAUGUUCAUGAUCUUUUCUCUCCGUCGACCGGACGUUUUACCAGUUGGCGAUCUCGGAGUGCAAAAGGGGCUCCUGCGGUGGGCCCUUGCUGCGCAUGGCGCCCUGCCACCUACAAAAUCCAAAACCAACGAGCAGACGCGCAAAAAGUACGGACUAGCAGUGGAUGAGAAAGGCUCAGGCGAGCUUGAUACCCGUAUCCUCACACCGCCACCCGAGGGCGAUCAACCGGUCCCUCAGACUCCACAAAUUGGUUCCCUAGUGACAGCUCAUGCACCACCGACCCCGGUCACGCCUUCGAGUCAUGAUAAGAUAGUGCAGGUUCCCAACAAUUCCCUGCCACCAGACAUGAGCGACAACCGACUUUUGCAACCUCCCGAUGCGUCGUUUGAUGCUCACAGAUGCGCACCUCUGCCCGAGGGAAUGACGAUAGAGGGGCUGAAAUCUCGGCUCGCUGGGAAGAAGGCAAAAGGCGGAGUCUACCUCACGCCGAAGGAGAUGGAGACUCUAACCGGCGGCUGGCGGCCAUAUCGUUCGCUUGGUGUUUACUACACCUGGCCCAUGGGAGAGGAUUUUUAAUGAGCCUAUUUUGUUUUACCGAAAAAAAUUAGGAAAACCCGAGAGGCUGAGGUUGGGGGAAGAGGGGGGGG